CAGAGGAGAGGGCACAGCAUCUCAUACGCAGCGCAAGAAUUCCACCAAGAAAACGCGCACUUCCCGGACCAAACAGAGGGAUUUACUAAAGAUGGAAAUAUCUACCUUUCCUGUGCAACAUCUGGAGAUAUUCUAGCUGUGAUUUCAUUUGUAAUUUUUUUUUUUUUUUUUUAAUCUCCCUGCACGGACCUGCUCAGAAUGAACUCCUUUUUCUUGCCUCCGCUGCUGCAACUUCAGUGGAGAGAUGCGCGGAUGCUGGAGGAUCCGGAUCGUCUCCAAAAAUAAAGUUGAGCCAGAGCGCGCAUCAAGUCCAUCUGGAAAAGAGAAGAACUUACCUCCAAUUAACACUUAUUGUCGAUUAUUGUCACACAACAGGAGAGGUUUGACUUGUAGCCAACGUAAGAAAGGAGUUGGGUUCUUCCCGGAGGCGCAUCCUUUGGUCCACAUUGCAAAAUCAGUCCGGAGAGAAUGAGGUGUCGCUGGGUGAAGCAUGAGCUGUCAGAGAACCAGUCAUAAGCGGCUGUCUCUGCUAUGGAAGGGGACGGCGGCUCUCAGCCUCUGGGUCUGCUGCUGGGGCUGGAGCUCCGGGGCCACUGGAGCUGGAGCAGGACCAGGAUCAGGACCAGGAGACUCCCUGAGCUGGCUGCUGUCCGAUAAAGGGCCCUUCCAUCAGUCCCUAGAGUUCACAGAGGCUGCAGAGAGGUACCAGCAAGGAUAUGCCACCAGAUACAAGAUCUACAGGGAGUUCGGUCGAUGGAAGGUCAACAGCCUGGCGGUGGAGAAGCGGGAAAGUUUCAGCGGCAGCGGCGGCCUGGCUCUGCCCCUCGACCCCGACUUCAUGCACACCAUCCGCCAGCUGGGUCGGCGACCAACCCUCCAGACAAUUACAGAAAGUCUAAUCAAGAAAUAUGGCACUCAUUUCCUCGUCUCCGCCACCCUGGGAGGGGAGGAAUCUCUGACGAUAUUUGUGGACAAGAGGAAGCUCAGCCAGGAGUCUUCAGCCCCAGGGUUGGAGGGAAGCAGCAUCAGCAACAGGAGCUUUAACACCACAAGUCCUGUGACGCUGGAAACCCUCCACCAGUUAGCGGCUUCGUACUUCACCGACAGAGAGAGCACCCUGCGCCGGCUACACCACCUCCAGAUCGCCUCCACCGCCAUACGGGUGACUGAGACCAGAACUGGGCCGCUCGGAUGCAGUAACUAUGACAAUCUGGACACAGUCAGCUCCGUACUGGUUCACAGUCCAGAAAACAAGGUCCAGCUACAAGGGCUGCAGGUCAUCCUACCCAGCCACUUGAAGAGCCGCUUCAUUCAGGCGGCUCUAAACUACAUCGGCUGUAAAUCUGAGGGCCACUUCGUUUGCCAGAACAGUGAUUGCUGGUGUGAGUGCAGCGUGGACUUCCCCCAGUGUAACUGCCCGCACUAUGACCUGGACACUUUAGAAACCAACCUGAUGCGCAUCGAAGAGGCCUGGAAGCAGGCCAACCAGGACUUUGAGGAAUCUGAUGAGUUCCAAAGCUUUGUUGGGAAACUGCCAAACCAUUAUGCUGUAAACACAUCUGUCGUGGAGCACUUGUGGAGGACGGAUGCCAACCUGCUCCAGCGCUACAGGCAGCUGGAGACCAGCAGCAACCAGCUUUUCACCAAAGCUCGCCGCACCGCUAACAAGCUCUUCAGCCUUAGCAAGAGGUGCCGAAAACAGCCUAAAAUAGUCCUGCACAGGCCGAGGCCCCUGCACUUCUGGUUGAGCUACUCCCUCUCCAUUUUGUACUGUAGUGAGAACAACCAGGUUGGUGUUUACACUGAAGAAAGUCGCAGCUGCUCCUGCCCCUACAACCAUCCCCCAUGUCAGGGCGUCAUCCCCUGCUCCGUCGGCGAUGGUCCCCGCUGUGCCUCCUGUUCCAACGACAACCGGACACGAUGCUCCAGCUGUAACCUCGGCUUCAGCCUCACCCAGGGGGCGUGUCGGCCCGCCGUGCCCGACCCCACAGACCCCUACCUGGGUUUGGAGAGUGAUCGAGACCUGCAGGACCUGGAGCUGCGCUACCUGCUUCAGCGUCGUGACCAGCGCAUCGCUCUGCAUGCUGUGUUUGUGAGCAAUGACGUACGUGUGAACACUUGGUUUGAUCCGUCCUGGAGGAAGAGGAUGCUGCUCACCCUCAAGAGCAACCGAGUGAAGUCCAACCGCGUUCAUAUGCUCCUUGGACUGGCUCUGCAGUUUUGCCUCACGAGGAACAGCACUCUGGAGCCAGCAUUGUCUCUGUUUGUGAAUCCCUUUGGAGGCAGCCAUUCUGAGAGCUGGACCAUGCCCAUAGGCCAGCAUGGAUACCCCGACUGGGAGCGGACCAAGCUGGAUAUCCCUUUGGACUGCUAUAACUGGACGUUGACUCUGGGAAACAGAUGGAAGAGCUUUUUUGAGACUGUUCAUUUCUACCUGAGGAGCCGAAUCAGGGAGUCUGUUGGAGUGACGGGUGGAAACAAGAACAGUACCAUGUACUACGAACCGCUGGAGCCCACCGAGCCUUCAAAUAACAUCGGCUACAUGAAAGUGAACAGCAUGCAACUUUUCGGAUACAGCGUGCACUUUGACCCCGAGGCGAUCCAGGACCUGAUCCUGCAGAUAGACUACCCGUAUACUCAGGGAUCACAGGACUCGGCCCUGCUGCAGCUGGUGGAGCUGCGCUACAGGGUCAACCGCCUCUCGCCUCCAGGGGCCCCCCAUGUCGAUCUGUUCGCCUGCCUGCUUCGCCACAGGCUCAAACUGUCCAGUGCCGAUGUGACCAGGAUACUCACUGCCCUGCAAGCUUUUAGUGCCAGACAACCAAACUACGUGGAGUAUGAGGCAAACAAACUGUGUAGUUAAAGGCCUCUAUUUGAUGUUUUGUACAAGUUCUUUGCCACAGACAGGCCUGUAUCCUUUGUCAGCUGGAUCCAUUUGUGUCAAGUGUAUGGUAUGUUAUACAUGCAAUUUGUGCAAUUAAAUUGGAUGUUUUUAUAA